AUGAGCAGUAAUUCAAAAUUGGUAGCGAGUCAGAUCCCUAAUCCAUUUCAAUCAACGGGGAACGUUUCAAUAGGUUCUAUUCCAUCAGCUACGGCAUUUAGACAUGAAUCACAAAUACCUAUGCCUUCUUUUUCUCAGCCUACAGUGAGUUCUUCUACAAUGCAAGAUGCAAAUAUAUCAAAUUUACCUUUAAGAAGAAGAAAUAGUGUAAACUCUACACCGGGACUCUCUAAUAUGAUUAAUAAUAGUAUAAAUAAACAAACUAAUUUGGCACAAAAUACUAAUUUAAGGAAAAGAUCCAGAACUACAAUGAUGAUUAAUGAACAAGAUACUAAAAGACAAGAAAAUACAAGAAGAAGAAGUCUUCCGAGUAGAUCUAAUAAUGAAAUUUUUACUAAUCCUGAUAGAAAACCAUCUCGUUAUUCAAAUCUUGGAUUAGCCCCAACAACAGAUUUUUUAAGAAAUGAAUCUCAAUAUUUUAAUACAAAUAAUAAUAAUAAUAAUAGUACUUUAUCUAGUAGAGAUACAAGACCCUUAAGAGAUAGAAAUUUUCAACAAGCAAUUCAAGAAGAAAUUAUUAAUUAUUUAAUUCAAAAUAAAUUUGAUAUUGAGACAAAUCAUCCUGUAUCUAUUAAAUCAUUGAAGCAGCCUACUCAAAAAGGAUUUCUAAUAAUAUUUAAAUGGCUUUACCAAAGAGUUGAUCCCGGACAUAAAUUUAAUAAAUCAAUUGAGUCAGAUGUAUAUCAAAUUUUGAAAAAUUUACAAUACCCAUAUUUAGAAUCGAUCAAUAAAUCACAAAUUAGUGCAGUUGGUGGCUCCUCCUGGCACAAAUUUCUUGGAAUGUUACAUUGGUUAGUAAGAGUAAAUAUGAAACUUGACCAAGUGACAGGAAAAAUGGAUGAUGUGAUUGAUAAUCAGCCCACUCAAGAGAUGGUUUCAAUUAAUAAGCCUGUCAAGACUUUAGAUGAGCAAAAUCAUAUCCAAGAAAAAUAUGAAUUAAUGGUAGAAAAUUUAUUUAUUAAUUAUAUCACCGAAUCUUAUAAGAAUUUUUUGAAUGUUGAUGAUAAUUAUGAAGUACCAAUGGAAAAACUGUCUCUUGGAUUUGAAAAAUUUACUCAUAUAAUUGAAAGUGACGUUUACAAUUUAAAUUCACAAAAUGAAAAAUAUUUUAGAAAAUAUCAAUACGUUCAAAAAAUUAGUGAAAGAUUUACUACAUCAAUGGAAAAAUUUAAUGCAUUAAAGAACGAUUUAGAAAAAUUUAAAAAAUAUAUUGAUUCAAUGGAAAUAAAAUCUCAAGAGUGGCCUAAAAAAUUAAAAAAAAUGAAUGAAGAAUUAAUGAAAAAAAAUGAUGAUGUUUCAAAUAUUGAGACAAAUAUUCGUGAAAUUUUAAAAACCUUAGAUUCGAAGGGUCUAUCUGUAGAGACAAUUGAUGAUAGAAACAAAGAAAAGACUCAGUUACUUGAAAAAUAUGAUACAAUAACAGAUAAUUGUGAUAAAUUGACCGGUAUAAUAAAGGCUAAGAAAUAUGAAAAUAAUGGAUUAGUAAGGAAUUUAGUAAGUGUACAGAAACAAUAUGAGUUAUCCUUAGAAAGAUUCUUUCAUGAGAGAGCAGAAACUUUUGGUUUAAAAGAAAAUGAUGAAACUACAAAGAAUAAGUUCCAAGUAAAAAUAAAUGAAUCAAAAUUGACAAAUGUCGAUGAAUCGAUACAAGUCAAAUAUAGUGAUAUAUUUGAUGGUCAGUAUGACCCAUCGUCGACCUCGUUAUUAGAGAGCCAAAAGGAAGAAUUUCAAAAACUUUUACAAGAGAUAAAUUUAAAGAGUGAAAAGCUGAAUAUCAAUAAUAAUAUAAUUAAAGAUCAGAUUUUAGAACUUCAAGACGAAAUAAAACUAAAAAAUGUCGAAUAUCAAAAAAGAGAAAAAACCUUAUCCGAAUUAAAAUCUCAGAUUGUUUCACAGAAACAAAAGAAUGAAAGUAAUUUGGUUAUUCAACGAAUUGAACUAGAAGAGCUUCAAAAUAGAAAUCAAAAGAUUCUUAAGGACAUGGAACGACGUAUAAAGGACGCAGAAAAUCAGUUACAAGAAAAGGAGAGAGAAUUGGAGACAUGGAAAUUAAAUGCCGCUUCUGAAUCAGCUAAGUUGAAACAAAAGACCCAAGAAAUAAUAGGCCACUCGAUAGACUUCAAAACCACGAUUGAAAAAUCGAUUACUACUACAAAAGAGGAUAUUUUAAAAGCUCUACAGGAAAUAAAAGAAUUCAAGUCAAGUAAACAGCUUCAGAAAUGA